CUCCCAUCAGAUACUUUAUUGAGUAUAAUUUUAAUUUUUCAUGAAUCCAAGCCACUACAGCUGCUGUUCAAUUCUCCCCUUACCUAGCCAGAGUUGCGGAAAACGAUGGCCGGAAAAGAGUUCGGCAGCGAAGGUGGGAACAUCGCUGGGAUGUCGAAGAAUCAGCUCUACGACAUCAUGUCUCAGAUGAAGAAACUUAUGGAACAGAACGAGAAACAAGCAAAGCAAAUUCUGGUUCAAAACCCUACGUUGGCCAGAGAUCUCUUUCAGGCACAAAUAUUGCUCGGGAUGGUUCAGCCAACACAGACGAUGGGCACGCCAUCUCACAUUCAGCAGUCAAAUACUCAUCCUGUUCCAGCAGUAUCAUCAGGACAAAUGAAUUUGCAGGACCAAAUGAGAAAACCGCACCAAAUGCAACCUCCAUUAUUAGUGACACCUGUGACUGCUCCCCCAUCAAACCUUCAGCCACCAUCCUUGCCACCUCAUCCAUUACAUCCUGCACAACAGCCUAAAUCACACACUAGUGCCCUGUCAGCGUCAGUUUCAUUGCCACCUCAUCCAAACAUGCCACCACUUCCUCAUCUUCAACCACACAUCUCCUCCGUUCCUACUCAGUUGGACCAAUCGAUACAGAGUGGUGGCAUGCAGCAGCAUCUGUCGACAUUGCAGCCGCCACUACCACCACCACAGGUGAGACCUUCAGUGCAGUCCUUUUCUCAGCAAAUAAACCCCCAGAUUGGGCCCAAUGUAGGGUUUCAACAGGCUGGACCACCACCUCAGAUUCACCAUUCACAACCCAUGUUUCAUGGAGGUAAACCUCCAGGUCCAAUGGGCUCUUCAUUUAUUAUGCCAGGACAGCCACCUCCCCAGACACUCUAUCAGGGGGGAGGCUCACACAUAAGAACAGAUUUCAAUCACAUCGGAAGCUCCAUGCCCAUGGAUAGAGGAGGAAACUCUGCAUGGAUACCUGGCCUCAUCCCAGACAAUAAUACACCAAAAGCGCAGCUGCCCGGGCCUCCCCCACCAUUUCCGGGACAAAUGGGAACUGGGAAUCAAUCCGCUCGACAACCAGCUUUGACUCCUGAGAUGGAACACGCCCUUCUUCAACAAGUAAUGAGUCUCACACCCGAACAGAUACAUUUGUUGCCUCCUGAUCAGAGGAAUCAAGUUCUUCAGUUGCAACAGAUGCUGCGUAAAUGAGAGGAGAGCAAACUUGGCCAAGUACAAAACAACUUCUUUUGACAUCAUAUGUUGCAAUUAUGUGGCAUAAUCUUGUAUUUUCACAUCAGGUUCCAUGAGUUCAAUAUGUAUGUACUCCGUAAGCAUUUUAUGUUGAUUAUGAGUGCGAGGGCUGAACUCUGUAUUCUAGUUUCCCCAUUAUUGUUUGCAUUUUCAAUUUCUUGAGUUUAUAUAAUUCUUUGAUGGUCAAUGAGUCAUUCCCUACAUUGUCCAAAUACUAUGUCUAUUUUUCAAUUUCUUGAGUUAAUUUAAUUCUUUGAUGGUCAAUGAGUCAUCCCUACAUUGUCCAAAUACUAUGUAUCUAUGUGCCGUUCUAAAAACAUGUGAUGAAAUUAGUAGUAGAA